AUGGCGAUACAAUCCAGUCAGUUCUCGCCUCCGUCCACUCAAAAGGCCCUCGUAAUGAACGAAAAGGAGCAGCUCUUCGUGUGGGAGGAGGCGCCUUGUCCCGUUUUACCUCCCGAUGAAGCUCUCGUGCGUGUCGAAGCCGUUGCUCUCAACCCAAGUAACACGAAAAUGAAGGCAGAUUUUGCCAUUCCAUGUGCGAUCAUGGGUAGCGAUUUCGCUGGCACAGUUGUCGCAGUAGGGCCAGCCGCGGUCGGCGUUGCUGUAGGUGAUCGGGUAUGCGGAGCGCAAAACGAGAUGUUCAAAGCCACGCCAGAACAAGGGGCGUUCGCGCAGUAUACCGUGACGCGGGGCAAAAUGUGGAUGAGGGUUCCGGAGUCGUGGACGAUGGAAGCAGCAGCGUCAUUGCCCGUGGGGAUAUGUACCGCUGGUUUAGCCAUAAAGUCGCUAGGUUUACCGUUACCAAACGAACCUGUUGCGAAAGCUAAGCAUGUUCUCGUCUACGGCAGUAGUACUGCGACGGCUACUAUCACUAUGCAAUUGCUAAGGCUCGCGGGCUUGAUGCCAAUAGCGGUUUGCUCACAAAAACACUUCGAGUUAUCAAGGAAGAAUGGUGCUGAGGAAGUUUUCGAUCGCUUAGACAAGGACGUCACACAAAAGAUUAAAAUCCACACUCAAAACAACUUGAAGUAUGCGUUGGACUGCAUUUCCAGCGUUGAGUCUACAACUGUGUGCUUCAACGCAAUGGGGCGCACAGGGGGGAACUACGUUGCACUUGAGCCUUUCCCUAGGCAUGCCGGAACUCGCGCGGUCGUUACAUCAGACUUCGUUGUCGCACCCUGCAUCUUUGGCGAAGGUUGUACGUAUCCGGUGCCAUACGCGCGCCAGCCGGAUGAGAAGAUUCGUGCUUUUGGCGUUAAAUUGUGGGAAGUUGCGCAGAAGCUGGUGCAUGAGGGCAAACUGAAUCAUCAUCCUGUCCGAAUACUAGACGGUGGGUUUGAUGCUAUUCAAGAAGGCUUAAAGUUGCUUGCGAGUAAGGGUGUAUCAGGUGAGAAGAUUGUGGUUCGGAUGGAAACCUGA